UCUUUCCUUCGUUGCCAUGGAGACCGAAUAGCGCGCGGCAGCUAUAAAAACCGGAGACCGUUGGAAAAACGUUAGAGGACGCCGGGUUCCCAAGAAGGAGGAGACCUUCUCUAGGUGGUGGCAGUGUUAUAGCGGGCCCUUUCCAAGAUGGCGGGGAGCCCUAUCGGGCCGGCGCCGGCCCCGCCUCUCCCAAUCUCGAUGGUUUCUCUGGUGCCUCCUGACGUCUUUCUAAUGAUCCGACAUAACAAGACAACCAUCUUCACAGACGCCAAGGAAUCCAGUACAGUGUAUGAGCUGAAAAGAAUUGUUGAGGGGAUUCUUAAGAGACCUCCAGAAGAACAGAGGUUGUAUAAGGAGGACCAGCUGUUGGAUGACACCAAAACUCUCGGAGAUUGCGGUUUCACCAGUCAGACAGCACGACCCCAGGCCCCCGCGACAGUUGGCUUGGCCUUCAGAAUCAGUGAAGAUGCCUUUGAGCCCCUCCGCAUCGAUCCCUUCUCCAGCCCCCCAGAGCUCCCAGAUGUGAUGAAGCCCCAGGACUCGGGCAGCAGUGCAAAUGAGCAGGCAGUGCAGUGAGACCCCGAGGGCAGCAGAGUGAGCAGCACAACCUGCGUCGGCCCUCUCCUCCUUCCCCCACGCACCCUUCUUCUAUCCUCCAGUGCGGAGAGAGACAUGGCACUAUUCCUUGCCACCAGUUCAGCUUCCCAUUCUCCUCCUUCCCUCUCUAAGCAAGACCACACACACACCCAAGUCCCUCCCCACUCAUCACACAGAGCUCUGUUUUCACUUUGGUUUUGAAAACAAUAAAGGUUCAGCUGUUUUUUUCCCCCUUU